ACACAUCACAUCACAACACAGGGGGAUGCAAGUUUGGACAGAAAACGUUAUACAACACAGCCAUGGAGCCAUUUGUUGCAGUUUAACCUUUUACAUGGGAAAGGGAGCAAUGUGGUGGUCUCCAACCAACGUGACCUUCUUCACUAAAGCAUGUCAGAUCUUUGUAAAGAUCAUCCUGAUGACGUGGUUGAUCCCGCUUCUGAUGUGCCUCGGUCAACUGAGAGCACAGCUCGGGACAACCCCCAACAUUAAACACAUUGUGGUUGGACGCUGCUACGAUUACAUCACUCUAGUCAACCCAAGCUUAAGGUAUGACUGUGAGGAGAUCUGGAGACAGUUUGAGGAGGCGGUGCUCCUUCAGUCUUCCUGUAACGUGACAGUGGAGAACUAUCAUCCCAUGUUUUACGCGAUCCCACAAAAGUGGCCGUGUGAUAGAUCUCUCUUCUGGAGUAAAACCAGGACGCUGAUGCACAGCUACGCUGCUGCCGUACCUCACUUCUGGACGCUGGAGGACACGCUGGUCGGCUUCAUGUUCAACGACCUGAUCUGGUGCGGACAAGACGAGCGUCCUGGUUUUGAUUUCAGCUCGUGUCCGGUGUGGUCGGCGUGCAGGAACCAUCCGGUGUAUUCCCUGUGGAGGCAGGCCUCACAGAGCUUUGCAGAAAUGGCGUGUGGCAACAUCACCGUGUUACUGAACGGCUCUAUUGUCAACGCCUUCGACAGGAAGAGCAUGCUUGGAAGUGUUGAACUGGACAGCCUGAAUCCACACAGGGUGGAUUAUGUCAACAUUAAGGUGGUCGCCAAUCUAGACGGACCAUAUAUAGAAUCAUGUCAUCAAGGAUCCAUCAUGGACCUGAUCCAGAUCCUCCAGUCCAGAGGUUUCCACUGGACUUGCACAGACAACGACCAGACCCUGAUGAUCCUCCAGUGCAUCCAGGACCCCAAACAUCCCACCUGCCAGACAUAUGCUGCCAAUCUGACACAAAGAAAGAGACUCACAUCCCAAUGAUUUACCCAUUUUAUGUUUUUUUUUUCCUUUG